AUGAAUGAUCUCAAUAUCGAAAAUUUAUUUACCUAUGACAAUGUACAUAUAAUUACUAUAUCCAAAGUAUGAUUAAUUAGUCUAACUUUUUAACUAAAAUGGAUUUUGCCAAUUCUAUUCCUCUAUUUACUUACACUCUUUAGACAUCACAAUUUACAAAGGAGAACCAAUCAAAUAUUUAAACAAAAAAAAUCAAAAUUAAUUUGGAAUUGUCAAAGAUAUAAUGUGUUUGUAACUUAAAAACUAAUUUCAAUUACCAUUGCUUAAAAUUUAAGUUCUCUUAACUACAUAAUAUGUUUCCUAAUUUGUAACUACUAAAAUUGCAGAUUGGUUAGAAUCUAGAGAACUCUUUUUAUGUGAAGAUAUAGAAUGGAUUUGUUGGAGUGGUAUAAUAUUAUUUUAUUAAUUUCUAGAUGUUUAAGGAAAAAUCAUUUUCGUUAAUCAUGAUGAAAUACCAACUUCUGCUAAUUAAAUGGUUUAUUUUAUGAGAGCAUCAUUUAAUAGACAUACUAAAUAAUUUAAUCCAUCUUAUGAAUAAUGGUAAAGAACUUAUUGCAUCUGUGGAAAUCCUGAUAACCAUGAAAAAAGAUAUGUAUAAUGCGAUAUCUGUGAUACAUGGUAUCAUAUGGAAUGUGAAGGAUUAAGUUAACAAUUAUGUGAUAGACUUGCUAAAAAUAAAAGAUUAACUUAUUUUUGCAAUUCAUGUAAAAAACUAAAAAAAAGAAAAAAAUGA